AUGAUGAGAAAUUUUUUCUUUUCAAGACCUUUUAAUUAUACAUUAUUAUGUCAAGUUUUAUUAUUUUUUUUACUACAAAUUAAACAUAUAAAUGAUCAUAUUGUAGCUGUAAAGUCAUAUCACAGCGAUGUAUGCUCAAGGAAUUUAGCCCAUUACAACCCCUUGAAAUUCUAUGAAUUACAAAUAAGCUCUUCCGAGGAUGAGAAUGAGAAUGAUGACAAGGAUGAAGACCAGGUUGAUGAUGGCAAUAAAGGUGAUAAUGUCAAUAAAGGUGAUGAUGGCAAUAAAGGUGAUGAUGGUAACAAUGGCGAUGAUGGCAAUAAAGGUGAUGAUGGUAACAAUAACAAUGUUGAUGAAUUAUUAUUUAGUAAAGAACAACAUGUAUACCCUAGCUACUACGAUAACAGAAAUUAUAUGACAUUUGAUGGUGCUUCGAGGGUGUAUGAUGUACCAUAUAAUAAAUACUUUAAAAUGGCAUGUAAGAACACUGGUAGUAGGAGAAAAAACUCAUUUGGACGUAAAAAUGAUCAUUUAAUUUUACAUUUGUUGGAGAAGUAUAUAGCAAAAAGGAUAAAAAAUCUAGGUGAAUAUGCUGAUGAAGGGGAGAUGUCUAUUAUAUGGAAUUAUGUCCAUAAGCAUGAGAAAAAGAAAUAUUAUAAAAUGAGGAAAAAGUUGAUGAAAUAUUAUAAAUGUUUAGCUUUUGUAUGUGAUAUUCCGAAGGAUGUUGAGAGGCGUAUAUGGUUGAAAAUUACGGAAUACAUGUCACGUAUAUUUUUACGUUACGAUAAAAACUUUUGUAAAAUUGUGUAUAUUUACUUAGAAGAUGGUAGAGCUGAGCGCUGGAGGUUUAUGGAGUUUAUAAAUAAAUACAGAGUAACACAUAUCAAAUUCAGAAUGAUAAUGUAUAAUUACUGGAAGGAUAAAAUAAAUAAAAAUUUUGAGGCCUAUCAAGAGAGGUGUAAGCAAAUGGGGUUGAAAACUAGGCGCAUUUGUUAA